AUGGAGGCUCUUCUCCGUCAAUCACGCGGCAUGUGCCCAUUCUUGCACAAGACGUCGCCCGCCACGCUCCGCUCGCUCAGCACUAGCACCAAUGCUAUCCAGGCCAACAUGUCCAACUUGCAGGUGACUGCCGGUCAAUGCCCCGUCAUGGGCAAGGCAAUGGCUGUUCAGAGCACUCGCCUCAACACCCUGCUCUCUGGCGCCUUUGGUGGCUCCAGAGCAUACAGCACUCGCACUACCCGUGCCCCUCGUGCCUACCUGCACACCACCCGUGCUGAGAAGGCUCAGGCCGUAGACAACAGCCCUCUGAGACGCGACGAUNNGGUACGAACAAAUGCGACAAAUCCCCCAUUGAAUCUUGCUGACCUGCUCUUAGUCCGCUAUGCUCCUGCACUUCACCAGCAGCAACAGACUCAGAAGCAGUCUUCUAAGGAAAUACACGGUGCUCCGCCAGCUCCUCCGAAGACCGCUCGCUUCGACUACGACACUUUCUACCAGACCGAGUUGGACAAGAAGCACAAGGACAAGUCGUACCGCUACUUCAACAACAUCAACCGCCUGGCCAAGGAAUUCCCUCGCGCCCACAAAGAUACUCCUGAGGACAAGGUCACUGUCUGGUGCUCCAACGACUACCUUGGCAUGGGAAGAAAUCCCCAGGUUCUGAAGAAGAUGCACGAGACACUUGAUAUGUAUGGCGCUGGUGCUGGUGGUACUCGCAACAUCUCUGGUCACAACCAGCAUGCCAUGGGUCUCGAAGCAACCAUUGCUAAGCUCCAUGCAAAGGACGCUGCUCUUGUCUUCUCUUCAUGCUACGUUGCAAACGAUGCCACUUUGGCCACUCUGGGCUCAAAGUUCCCUGACUGUGUUAUUUUGUCUGACAGCAGCAACCACGCUUCCAUGAUUCAGGGUAUUCGUCACUCCGGCGCCAAGAAGAUGGUUUUCAAGCACAACGACAUGGUUGAUCUUGAGCAGAAGCUGGCCUCGCUUCCUGCCGAGACUCCUAAGAUUAUUGCCUUUGAGAGUGUUUACAGCAUGUGCGGUUCCAUUGGUCCCAUUGAGCAGAUCUGCGACCUUGCCGACAAGUACGGUGCUAUCACUUUCCUCGAUGAAGUCCAUGCUGUCGGCAUGUACGGCCCGAACGGUGCUGGUGUCGCUGAGCACCUUGACUACGACGCAUACGUGAAUGGUGGCCAGCCUAAGGGCACCAUUCAGGACCGUGUUGAUAUUAUCACUGGUACCCUCGGAAAGGCUUACGGCUGUGUUGGUGGCUACAUUGCUGGCUCCAGCAAGCUGGUUGACACUAUCCGCUCUCUGGCUCCUGGUUUCAUCUUCACCACCUCGCUUCCUCCGGCCACCAUGUCCGGCGCCCAGGCUGCCAUCGAGUACCAGAUGGCAUACAAGGGUGACCGCCGUCUCCAGCAGCUUCACACUCGUGCUGCAAAGGACGCUCUCGCUGCCAAGGACAUUCCCGUCAUCCCUAACCCCAGUCACAUCAUUCCUGUACUGGUUGGUGAUGCCGAGGUCGCGAAGAAGGCAUCUGACCUGCUCCUUGAAGACCACGGCAUCUACGUCCAGGCCAUCAACUAUCCCACCGUCCCUGUCGGUCAAGAGCGUCUUCGCAUCACUCCCACUCCCGGCCACAUCCGCGAGUACCGCGACCACCUGGUUGAGAGCCUCGACAAGGUCUGGAAGCAGCUCGGCAUCAAGCGUACCUCCGACUGGGCUGCCCAGGGCGGUUUCCUCGGUGUUGGACAGGAGACCUCUGGCAACGAGCCCUUGUGGACCGACGAGCAGCUCGGUCUCUCCGAAGUCAAUGCCGAGUUGAACAAGGUUGGAAAGGAUGCCGUCAAUGUUCUCGAGAGCGUCCUCGAGGCCGAGAGAAAGGAGGUCGCUCAGGCUGUUGCUUCUGCUUAA